AUGCCUCAUAAUAAACUUAGAGUAGUCAUUCAGAAGGCGUUUUCGUCAGAGAAGCUUCGAUUACCAAAGGAGCAGAUAGAUGAAAGCAGGACGCAGAGAGCGGGCUAUGAAGGAGUCGCAAGGCGGAAGUGGCAUUUUGGGACUGUAGAUAAAAGGGGUAAUCAGUUUCCUCCUGGCACAAAUAUCUGUAAUACUGCAAAUGAUCCAAACUUCACAAUUAAUAUCCCCGCUUCCGACAUAUUUUAUGAUCCAGCAAUUCCGGCAAUUGGAUAUAUAGGACCUAUGGCUUUUCCUAUAUUUUAUAAUGCUAAUGUUGCAAUUGAUCUAUAUCGAGUUCAGCAGGCAGUUUUAAUGAAACAGGCAAAAUAA